AUGGAUGCUCCCAAACGACCUGGACACCGAGCGAACGGACAGCGUUUGACUCGGAGACGGGUGCCUCUUUCAUGUGUAGCAUGCAGAGUGAGGAAGUUGAAAUGCAAUCGAGAGAAGCCGUGCCAGAACUGCAUUGUCAGAGGGGAGAGCAAUGCGGCUUCCUGCACGUAUGCGGAAAAAGCUGAGAAGAAGAAUACUGCCAAGUUGAAUCCCCGCUCAGACGCUGAGGACAUGCGCAAACGUCUCAAUCGACUUGAGUAUUCCAUCCUCUCCAUGAUGUCAAGUGACGAGAAAACAGCAAGUCGGGACAAGCACUCCAAAUUGCACGAUACAAAUGGCAACAGCAUGACUGAGAGUUUCAAUCAAGCUGGUGGCCAGCGCAUAUCAAUAGACACUCGGUCUACACACUGGGAUGCGAUUUUGAAUGACCUUGGAGCAAUGAAAGAUGCAUGGAGUGAAGAGAACGACAAGAUAAAGUUCUCAAGUGGCUCGCAAUCUCCCAUUACUAAGGAUCAUCGACCAAGCUUACUUUCUGGCUUGACGCAACCUCCAGACCGAUCAACAAUUGUCGCCUCACUUCCUUCCAGAGAGGAGGCUGACAAGCUUGUGACACGCUUCUUCCAGUCCUACAAUCCAGCCAUUCCUGCUAGAUCUGACCUUGUGCAGUAUAAUAAACACUGGACCAAUCCCUUAAAAACAAAAACUAUCUGGGUUGGAAUGCUAUUCUCCAUUCUUUGCAUUGCUAUGCAAUCGUACACUCGUAUCAACGAGGUGCCGCCGGAGUAUGAUGGAACGGCUCCUGCACUGAUACAGCUAUACCGUGUUCGAACUGCACAGUGUCUGACAAUCGCGGAUCUUACGAAACCAGUUGAUUUCAUGUGUGAGACGCUGUAUCUAUAUGCAACCAUCGAGUAUGCUGAUGAGAGAGAUGGCGACAUGGGCACUUAUUUGCUUUCGGGUACAAUGAUUCGCCUGGCUCUACAACAAGGUUACCAUCGUGACCCCUCUCAGUUUCCUAAUUUGUCCGUCUUCCAAGGCGAAAUGAGACGUCGGAUAUGGUCUGCAGUAAGCCAGCACGACCUUCUUUUCUCCAUCCAGAUCGGCCUUCCAAAAUGCAUCAGGUAUGCAGAAUGCGAUACUCAACCACCACGGAACCUUUAUGAAGAGGAAUUAUAUGAAGACAUGAAAGAGCUUCCACCAUCUCGACCUGUGAGCGAAGACACAGAAAUCUCGUACCAAGUCGUCAAACUGCAAAUCAUGCGCGCUUAUGGGUAUGCAUAUUCUCGAAUUUAUCCCCAUGUUUUGAAACUUGACUUGAAACUCAUGGAAGCAAGGGCAAAUAUUCCGCCACAUUUAGAGCUAAGAACGCUGGAGGAAAUGGCCAACGACCCACCAUCCCGAGUGAUGGAGAGAUAUAUAAUGCAGCUGUUUUAUAACAAAGCGAGCAAAGUAUUGCUUCGCAAUUCAAAUGUCUUGUUAGCUUUUUACUCCCAAGCUAAUCUUGAGAGCGAAUCUCAGCUCCUUGAUAUGCAAGCAUCCAUGCACCGCGCUGCCCGAACGGGAGGAAUUCUCCAGACAAUAAAAUGGUAUCAUUUUCCAAUCACGAAUCACGAUUUUUUGCUCGCUGCAAUGCUUAUUUGUCUGGAUCUUAUGAGCUUAAUAAAGAGAACUAGGGCCGAUAUCCCAGAGUGCAUCAUUCCAGAAUCUGCGAAACUCCAGGCCAUUCAAAGAUCUCGAGCUAUAUGGGCAGAGGUGAUCGAUCACUCUCGAGAUGCUCGCAGGGCGGUUAGCAUUCUCACAUCAGUCCUUAAUAAGCUGUCCCUCUAUAAGGAAGAACAGGAGAGGGCCGUGAAUGUCCCUGUGACGAAAGAUAGUUUGUCAGCCUCUGCCACAAACCCAAACGUCGACUCGCUGCGAUACAGCCCGUAUUUCACAGACCAGUUUGGGCUAGGAAUUCCACUCAUAGCUGAUUCGCCUUCUGGUGUUGACGUUAAUAUGGAAACUGAUUUCUUGGAUAACUUGGGGUCUGAUCUCACCAUACCAGGAGACUUCAAUUGGGUAAGUUGCCGUUCCUAUAUUCUGGCACUGUUUAUCUAA